AUGGAUCUUGGGGAUUUCAACCCUUGUGAAGAACUGAUACCGGCCAUCGUGGACCAUCACGGUGCCUCCUAUCCGGACAGGAUCUAUGCAGAAUAUCCAAACACCAAUGUAACUUAUGAUCAAGGCUAUUUCAAGGUCACAUACGGUGACUUAGCUAAUGCUGUCAAUGGGGCUGCUUGGUUUCUGACCAAAACCCUUGGUCCGGGGGACAAUAAGGAAGUGUUACCUUACAUCGGCCCAAAUGACCUGCGAUAUUCUGUUCUGGUUGCAGGUGCUCUAAAGGCGGGCUAUGUCGUCCAGAUGUUCUACACCUCACCCCGCAACAGUAUAGUGGCGCACCAAAGUCUUCUGGAAACCUUGAAAUGCAAACAUUUCCUGUCUUCUACACCUUGGCCAUCAGCCGUUACUACUAUUGCAAAUGCGGUGAACGUGAAAAUAGUUGGGAUUCCAAGUGUUGAUGAGCUGCUGAAAAUCGAGUAUCCCGUGUUUCCUUUCGUGAAAACGCUCACAACUAAUGGGUCGGAGAACCUAUUCAUUGUUCAUACGUCGGGCUCGACUGGGAUUCCCAAACCAAUUUACUUCACUAAUGAAGCUGCCGCAAGAAGUAUAAGAAUGAUCAGAAUGGACCCGCCUAAGUCUUUUGAUGGACUCUAUCCCAUGACACUAGGGAAGAGAUUUUUCAUAACUUUCCCUCCAUUUCAUGUCACUUAUCUGAUUUGCAAUGUCUUUAAUUCCAUACCAUUCGGCACUGUCAUGGUUGCUCCGAUUUCUGCAACUAUAAUUUCGGCACGUGGCAUAGUCGAGGGAAUAAAGCAAACCCCAGUAGAUGGAGCCUUUGCCAUUCCCUCGAUAGUCCAGGAAUUGGCUCAAGACCCAGAACUCCUUGAAUUCUGUGCAAAGAAUUUGGAUAUAAUUGUCUACGGCGGCGGAGACCUGCCUCAAGAUAUUGGAGAUCGGGUUGCUUCAAAGGUCAAACUGGUGAAUCAGUACGGAGCUUCAGAACUGGGGCUCAUUCCCAUGCUUUUCUCCAAAUCCAACCGUGACCCGAUGGAUUGGAAAUACAUUGAGAUCCAUCCCGCCAUGGGGAUUGAGUUUCGGCACGUCGCCGAUAGCCAGCAUGAACUAGUCAUUGUACGGAAUGCAGACCUUGAAGAGAAUCAGCCAACAUUUUCCUACGGGGGUGGCUUCACAGAAUUGCAAGAAUAUAGCAGCCGAGACUUGUUCAUACCGCAUCCAGAUCCAAACAAGAAAAAUUUCUGGAAAUGGCAUGCUCGGAAAGAUGAUAUCGUUGUCUUUCUGAACGGGGAAAAAACCAAUCCUAUCUCUAUGGAACAGCAGAUACUGUCUCACAACCCUCAGGUCACAGGUGUGUUAGUUGUUGGUGCACAGCGCUUCCAAGCUGCGCUUCUGGUUGAAGCCGACACUGGUGGGAAGGAGUUAUCGCCAUCUGAUCGCGCCAGUCUGCUCGAGGCUAUCUGGCCCAGCGUCGAAGGAGCCAACAAAGUAUGCCCUGCAUAUGCACGGAUUGCCAAGUCACACAUCUUGUUCACUCAUCCUGACAAGCCAAUGCUGCGCUCCGGCAAAGGCACAGUUCAGAGAUCAGGAACCAUCACUUUGUAUGAAGAAGAGAUUGACAAGCUGUAUAUUGAAGCGGAGGCUGUUUCUACCCAGCCUGGCGGUUACGUCGGCCCAGGUAAAAAUGCAGACCGUGGCGCUGUGUCCAAAUACAUCAAAUCUAGUGCUGUUGCUGCCACAGAGUGGCCUGAUCUCGGUGAUAAUGACAAUAUGUUUAUCCGUGGCAUGGAUUCUUUGCAAACAAUCACCAUCGUGCGAACCCUUCGGCAUGGACUCGAUAUGAGCGAUAUUGAUGUCCCGCUAAUCUACGCGAAACCUUCUAUCACUGAGCUCGCAGACGCGAUCAUGCAACUUAAGGAGAAUGCAACGGUUUCUAACAAACUAGAUAUUGAGAAUCAACUUCGGGAGAGACAGGAAAUGUUCAAGGUGUUUCAAGAGAAGAUUGAUCGAAUCCCAAGUCCAUCGUCGCCAGCUGUACCUGGCAGGAGGCAUAAUGUCAUUCUCACUGGCAGUACCGGCGUUCUGGGAACUUAUUUGCUUCAUGACCUAUUGAAUGACCAUUCGGUUGAGCAUGUCUAUUGCCUGAAUCGAAGGGACAACAGCCGCUCAGCGCAAAUCUGCUCUUAUAGAACUCGUCACCUUGAAGCUGACUUCGAUGAAUCCCGAGUGACCUUCUUGAAAGUCGAUAUGUCCAAAGAAGAUUUCGAUCUUUCGGCAGAUAUGCUCCAGAAACUCCGAGACACCACAACCGUUGUACUUCACAAUGCCUGGCCAGUCAACUUCAACUUGUCAAUGAGAUCCUUUGAGCCUCACCUGGCUGGUGUGGUGAAUCUCAUCUCCUUCUGUGCUUCUGCACGGAGUCAUCCACGGUUAUUGUUCAUGUCAUCCACGAGUUCAGUCGUGGCACAUCGCACCAAGUCAGGUAUCAAUUCCGAAAAAGUCAUUAUCACUGAGACUCCUGCGCCGAACGGGUAUGCCGAGAGCAAGUAUUUGGCUGAAGAACUUCUCGACUACGCCUCCAAGAGAUUGCCAAUCCCGCUAUCAUUCGCUCGUAUCGGUCAGGUUGCUGGCGCGGUGAAGAAAACAGGCCUCUGGAAUCCAGCUGAGUGGUUUCCCAGCUUAGUGUUAAGCUCGUUGCAUAUUGGCGCGUUACCAGAGUCCCUGGGCCCAUCUAUGGGUCGAAUCGAUUGGGUCCCAGCAGAUCUACUCUCUGAGGUAUUGAUCGAGCUUGUGCUUAGCCCAUUUUCUGAGUCUGAGACCAGGCCAGUCGAGGUUUUCCAUCCUCUAAAUCUCCACCCACAGACUUGGACUUCAAUUCUUCCAACCAUAGUGGAAGAGAUUGCUGCAGUCACCGACAAGACUCUAGCAAUCGUUCCGCUAAGCAACUGGAUAGCUCGUAUUCGCCAGGACAUGGAGGCUAAAGGCCGAGUGAAAUCUGGAGGCAGUGAGAACCUGGAAACAUUGCUGAAAGCCAACCCAGCCGCGAAGCUGCUACACUUUUAUGAAGGCCUGGACGCGCAGGACAAGACACAGAACCCUGAAGAUGGGCUUUUGCCUCGUUUGCCGAAUGUUUUGGAUGCAUCGCAUGCAGCCAAGAAGAGUGACACAUUGCGCGCCAUACCGGCAAUCAAGGGGUCGUGGUUUGCCAAGUGGAUCGCCGAGUGGAUGGAGCAGUAG